CUAAAACACUGGUCCCUCGGCAGAGAGAGUCAUACGAGGACAGCUGUCGCUGGAAAAUGGCAGACAGUGCACCAACCACCAUCCGCAAAGUCGUUUCCUUGGCUUUAGCAGUUUGUGUAGACCUGUCCUUGUUUUACGCAUCGGGGUUUGUAGUGACGCACAGCGUCUUUGGACAUCAUGUCCGUCUCUGGAUUUCUGCGGCUCUCCGGUGCUUAGCACUAACUGCUGUAUGUCUGCUGACCCUCGGAGACAUCAAACCGUUGCUAAUUCGCUUAAUAACAGCGCACAGUCUGCUGCCCGCGGUGUUUGAGACGGGAAGCCAGGCGCUCUACCAUGAGGAGGGCCAGUGUGGCCACACGGUGGAUGUGCGCUGCUGGCUGCUGUGCACCGGAGCGUCGCUGGCUGCUGCACUGUUCUGGGAGAUCACCAUCCCGGACACAGACGAAGCGGCCGCCGGCAAAGAGAGAAAGCAGAAGGCCAGAGUGCUGUUUGUGAGAGUCCUCCGCCUGUACAGACCCGACUGUCACCUGCUGAUCGGAGGCUUUGUUUUCUUAUCGCUGGCCGUUAUCUGUGAGAUGUUCAUCCCCUUCUACACUGGGAGAGUCAUUGACAUCUUGGGUGGUCAGUACCACCCGAAUGAAUUUAUAUCUGCACUACUCUUCAUGGGCCUGUAUUCUCUGGGGAGCUCAGUGAGUGCAGGCUGCAGAGGGGGCCUGUUACUUUGUGCCAUCAGUGCCUUCACAUGCAGAGUGAAAGUCAAGCUGUUUGAGGCUUUGACCAAACAGGAAAUUGGAUUCUUUGAGACCAUAAAGACAGGUGAAAUCACAUCGAGGUUGUCUAAAGACACCACCCUGAUGGGAAGAACAGUGUGCUUGAAUGUCAACGUGCUGCUGAGGACGUUCAUCAAGACGUUGGGCAUGAUCUCCCUGAUGAUGAAUCUGUCAUGGAAACUCACAUUCCUGGUGUUGAUGGAGACGCCCAUCACUGGCCUCAUUCAGAACAUCUAUGACACACACUACCAGAGGCUGUCCCUGGCAAUGCAGGACUCGAUGGCUUUGGCAAAUGAAGCAGUGAGUGAAGUAGUAUCCGGUAUUCGUGUGGUACGGAGCUUUAACACAGAAAAACAUGAGGCGCGUCGCUACAAUAACCGCCUGAUGGACACACAUGUCCUCAAGACCCGUCGGGACAUUGUCACAGCUGUUUACCUGCUCGCGCGGAGGCUAACAGGGUUGGUCAUGCAGGUCGUCAUGUUGUACUACGGCAGGCUGUUCAUCCAGAGUGGACAGAUGACCACAGGCAACCUGGUUUCCUUCAUCCUCUACCAGUCAAACCUCGGAGAUGACAUAAGGACACUCACUUACAUCUUCGGUGACAUGCUGAACUCUGUGGGGGCUGCUGGGAAAGUGUUUGAAUACCUGGACCGAAAACCUCAGGUCAGCACAGACGGAAAACUCAAACCUGAUCAGCUGACAGGACACGUCAACUUCCACUGUCUCAACUUCGCCUAUCCUGCAAACCCCAGCAAAACAGUGCUGCAGGAUUUCUCUUUGGAGCUGAAGCCGGGUCAGAUGACGGCACUGGUGGGUCCGUCUGGAGAAGGAAAAAGCACCUGUGUGAGUCUGCUGGAGCGAUUCUACGAGCCACAGGACGGAGAAAUACUGCUGGAUAACAAACCACUGAAAUCCUAUGACCACAGUUACCUCCACAAGAAGGUUGCAGUGGUGAGCCAGGACCCUGUGCUCUUCUCUGGCACCGUUAGAGACAACAUCGCCUACGGGCUCGCUGACUGCUCAUUGGAUGAGAUCCAGGAAGCAGCACGCAAAGCCAACGCUCAUGACUUCAUCAAGCAGCUGGAGAAAGGUUACGAUACAGAGGUGGGAGAGGGAGGCGGCCAGUUAUCCAAGAGCGAGAAGCAGCGGAUCGCCAUCGCUCGAGCCCUGGUCAGGCAGCCUCAGGUCCUCAUUCUGGACGAAAUAACCAGCUCUCUGGACACAGAGAGUGAAAAUAAGGUCCAGCAGGCCCUGGCUCGCUGCCCCAACCAGACCCUUCUGGUCAUCGCUCACAAGCUGAAGACCAUUGAGAAAGCAGAUCAGAUUGUUGUGAUUGGUGGUGGCAAAGUUGAGGAGCGAGGGACUCAUCAGGAGCUGAUGGACAGGAAGGGAAGCUACUACAAACUGGUCAACAGGCUCUUCACUGAGAGCAACCCGGCCCUGUGAAACUCUGCUGUCACAGAACACAUGUUGUAUAUUGUGAGAGAACUGUUCUGUAUGACUGUGCUGCAUGUGUUUGACCGCAGGACCAAAAGCAGCUAACCUCAUGAAAAUGUGUGAUAACAAGCUGGUGUUUCUGUAAAUAUUAAAUUCUGAUUGUCUGAAAAAAUAGUGAAAAUCAAUCCUCGUUUUUUUUAAAAGGUUUCUGUAUUUUAAAAAUGCACCGUGCACUAUACAUCUAUUCUUAUUUAUUUUGUAGGUGCUUGAAAUUAUGUCACUUAUUGUAAAUAUUGUAUUGUAAAUUUAAUCUAAUUAAACUUGUAGGUGAAACAUUUUAAUG